UAGAUAUCUGUAUGCUGAUUUGCCGUCAAAAACUAUAUAACCUCAAAAUUAAAAAUCAGAAAUAUAAGCAUUAGCAACACACGAUGAGACUAACUCAAAUCCUGCUUUCCAAAAUAGGAAAGUAUUCCAAAGACUUUUCUAAUUUACCAGAUCGUUACAUAAACCGUGCAAUGGAGCAAGUGGAAUGGAAGAACCCGAAGGGUAUCCAAUAUAAAGCAAAUACAGUUCUCAAGCGCCGUAAAUUUAAGAUGGGAAUGCAUAGACCCUGGACAGCUCAGUUCCGGGAGGACAAUUCCCCAGGAGUGAGCCAUGACAAAGUAUGGGUGGAACCUAUUAGAAAGUGGAGUUUCUUUAGGGGGGAUCGAGUGGAAGUUCUUGUGGGUAAAGAUAAAGGAAAGCAAGGAAUAGUCAAGCAAAUUUUCCAAGAACGAAAUUGGGUCACUGUGGAGGGUUUGAACUGUGUUUUAGAGAAAAUGGGUGAACGAAAGGAUUUUGCUGGGGUUUAUUUGCAAAUAGAAAAACCUCUGUUAGUCACAAAUCAAGUAGCACUUGUUGAUCCAUCGGAUUUAGAAGCAACGCCAUUUGAAUGGAGAUUUACAGAAGAUGGAGAAGAAGUCAGAGUGUCUACAAGGACAGGGAGAAUUAUACCAAUGCCACCCUCAGCUGAAGAAACUAUUGAUUACAAAACUAAAAGCACUUAUAAGGAACAACCCAAAGAUACAAGAGCUGAUGAUGUUGUUCAGAUAACAUUUGAACCUCAGUUGAAAACUUUCGAAAUGGAUAUUAUGGAGAACAUAGGCAUUAAGGAAGAUCGAAUACCCCCAAAAUCGUAUUGGUAUUAGUUUUAUUAAAUGUAAUAAUAUAAUAAUUGUAAAAUA